AAUAUGAAGAAGUGGUCUAAAAAGGUUUACCAAGGGUUCAAAACAACAGAUAUUUUCACACAAAAGUUCACUGUGAGCUUCAAAGGUCAGAAAACCUACUCCACCCUGAUUGGAGCUAUUUUCUCAGUGAUUAUCUUUGGCAUCUGAGGGUUUUAUGGGCUAAAGUUGAUAACUGCCAUGGUCAAUAGGACGAUGAUACAGACAAAUAUAAAUAAGAUCAAGACUAACUUUGAAAAAGACCCAAUAGAUAUAAUGCUUAAUGAAGAAGGAAUUUAUGUAGCUGUUUCUUGGGUCGGGAGAGAAGGAAAUGAAUAUAUUGAUAUUAUUAAAAAUAACCUAGGAAUGAUCAAUCUUACAUUAUUGGAAAAAAUACCUGAAGGAGAAGAACCUAAUGAGACACCAGUUUCUUCUUUUAAGCUUGAAGAGUGCACUCAAGAAAAUUUUCCAUUAGAUCCAAAUGAUCCUAGUAUUGAAAAUAGGCACGGCCAUACUUUUUAUUGAUUUAAAAGAAAUGAUUUAAUGAAGAUGAUUAAAAGAGAUAUUAAGAAGGGGAGAAGUUAUAAUUUCGUGUUUACGAUUGUUGCUUGCCCAUUCGACAUAUGAAGUUCUUUUGGGUCAAGGCUUGAUCAUUAUAAUUAUUUGUAUUUCACCAUCAUUAGUAAAUACUUUGACGAUUCUGAUCCUCUCGAUCCAAUAAAAGCUUAUGUUCAUGAUACUGCCACAAUUUCUCUUUCAAAAGGAUUUGUAACUGAACUAUCUUGACUAUUAGAUAGGAACAGAUAUAUUGUCAAUGAUUGGUACUCAAUUAUCACUGGAAGUAGAGAAGGUGAAUUCUUUGAUAUUGGUGAUUGAAGAUCUUACUCACAAAAAACUCAUGAUGGUAGUACUUAUGGUGUUGUUUUAUUCGACACAAAUGACUUUAUUCAAACCUACGAGACAAAUGUCAUUAGCAUCCUCGAAGUUCUAGGUCAAAUUGGCGGUAUUUUUGAGAUCUUAUCUCUGAUCUGUUCCUUCUUUAUCAAAUUAAUCACUAAAUGCUUAUACAACAGAGAUAUUAAAAAGAUUCAGAAAGAAGUCAACGACCAUAAAGGUUGGUUUACGUUCCCAGCAAAAAUCCAAGAUAAGUGAAGUAGUCAGAUUUUAUAUAAGAAUCAUCCCAGCUCUGGCGUAGAUAAAUAAUGUUAAAUCCCAAAAUUCUGCUGGCCCAGCAAUAAGUAAUGAAACUACUGAAAGGAAGAUCAAGGGACUGAGAUUUGCAUUUCUCAGAGGUCAGAAAAAUAGAGUUACACCUGAAGACAGUAUAGAUCCAAUUAAUGAUAGAAGCCAACUGUAUAAAGAUAAACAGACCGAAUUCGAUGAUAAAAUAAAGAGAAUUAAAGAAAUUUGUCGAAAUAGCAAUAUCAUAACUGAAAUGGAGGAGGAGCUUGAUGCUGUAAAGAUAUCUCGAUCAUUAAUGGAACUGAAGCUCUAUGUGUCCUGCCUAUUGGACAAAGAUAAAAUUGCAGCCAAGGAUAAGCCUGAACAGGAAUUAGAGAAAGAAGAUGUUCAUCUUGAGGAAGAAAAGAAACAAUUACCUUCAGAAAUUGCUUACCCAAAAAAUUUCUCACUACCUAUGAACCAAUUAAGAAAAACUCUAAGAAAAAAUGUUAAAAUAAAAGAGACCCCUGCUGAGCAAGACUGCAGCAGUGAAAAAGAUUACGAAGAGAAUGUAGUGAAGAAGAAGGCUGGGAAUAAAUACUCUUUAAUGCAUUAG